GAGUGCCACUGGCAUGCGCGUUCCAGCUUCAUCUCUCAAAGGACAUUUUCCCAAUUCGCGCCUGAAUAAGCAGCCAAUCACAGCAUGGUGCCAUUGUCUGCUAUACAAAGAUUACACUGAAUUCCUCGUGCCUGAGAGCACUGUACGCAUCGACUUUUUGUUGUGUGCCCUUUCGGGAACGCCUCGUGGCACCUUGUUGCAGUACCUAGGUACCUUGCUGGCCGUUGCUGUCGCUGUCGCUGGUCACAAUGGCUCCCGCUCCCGGCAUGGCACCCUAUUCCGAUGAGCCGACCGGUCCCUUCCACAGACCAGAACACAACGACGAGAGCACAGGCAGGAUGUCGCACGAAUCUGAGUCCUCGGUGUCUACCACGAGUAUCGUCUUCGAUCGGAUCGAGGAGCGCCUCGCUGCCAAGGAGGGCCACUUCGAGCUCGACGACCAUGACCCCAUGAAGGAGGCCGACGACGACGACAAUGACCUCGAGACUGGUCGCUUCCUCGGUGGGAGAUCCAGCACCCAAGAGGAAGAUUUCCCAGCCAAAAACGAUGGCAUGAACCGGGGGAUGCGCAGGACGCUGAUCAUCGUGGCCGGGCUCUUGAUCUCGGCGUGGGUUGUCGGUCUCUUCUUUUACGUUUCCCACAAGUCCUAUAAGCCCGCCUCCCAGAUCGAACACGACCCUCAGGCGACUGUAGUGCAAGGGACUGGGAAGCAAGUGACGCUCGAUCAGGUUAUGGGCAGCUACUGGCGUGCUGAAAGUCACUCCAUAAGCUGGAUCGAAAGCCCGGACGGUGAAGAUGGGCUAUUGCUUCUGAAGGACGGCCCCGGAAAGGACUUUCUCGUUGUUGAGGAUGUACGGACCCAGAACAGCGCUGGCGUGAAUGCCGCUGUGGACGUAGCGAGCAGCAAAACGUUAAUCAAGGAAAGGCACUUUGACUUCGGCGGCCAGACGCACACUCCUGGAAGGGUAUGGCCAAGCAAGGACCUCAAGAAGGUGUUGAUUGCAACAAAUCUGGAGGCCAACUGGCGCCACUCGUUCUAUGCCUCCUACUGGGUCUUCGAUGUCGACAUGCAAAUAGCAGAGCCCCUUAUUCCUGGCGAGCCAAACGUCCGCGUUCAGCUUGCCCAGUGGAGCCCUACCAGCGAUGCUAUUGCCUAUGUCAGAGACAACAACUUGUUCCUGCGCAGCCUCAAGCACGACAAGGUUGUCCAGAUCACCAAGGAUGGCGGUGCUGAGGUGUUCAACGGUGUUCCUGACUGGGUAUACGAAGAGGAAGUCUUCUCGGGCAACAGCGCUACCUGGUGGUCCGAGGAUGGCAACUACAUCGCCUACUUGCGCACCAACGAGACGGGCGUCCCUGAGUAUCCUGUUCAGUACUUCCUCUCCAGGCCCAGCGGCACGGAACCGGCACCCGGCGAAGAGUCGUACCCCGAGGUCAGGCAGAUCAAGUAUCCCAAGGCUGGUGCUCACAACCCCGUCGUCAAUCUCAAGUUCUACGACGUGGCCCGCGAUGAGAGUUUCACAGUGGAAAUCUCUGGCCGGUUCGCGGAUGAUGAUCGCCUCAUCACAGAGGUGGUCUGGGCUGGUGGCCAAGUUAUCGUCAAGGAAACAAACAGAGUCAGCGACGUCCUCAGGGUCGUCCUUGUUGACGUCGCUGCGCGCACUGGAAAAGCAGUUCGCGAGCUGGACGUCAAGGCCAUCGAUGGUGGCUGGUUCGAGAUUACGCACAAGACCAAGUACAUUCCAGCUGACCCCUCCAAGGGGCGUGAGCAGGACGGUUACAUUGACAUGGUGAUCCACGAUGACAACGAUCACCUCGCCUACUUCACGCCAUUGAACAACUCGGAACCAAUCAUGUUGACUUCUGGACAUUGGGAAGUUGUCGACGCCCCCUCCACCGUUGAUUUGGAUAACAACAUUGUCUACUUUGUCGCAACCAAGGAAUCUUCUAUCCAGCGCCAUGUCUACCAGGUCGAUCUGUCGGGCAACAACCUGAAAGCGGUGACCGACACGGGCAGUGAAGGCUAUUACGACAUUUCGUUUUCGGCCGGGACAGGGUAUGCCCUUCUAUCUUACAGAGGUCCCAACAUUCCCUGGCAAAAGGUUAUCAGCACUCCAGCAAACGCACACAGAUACGAGCACAUGGUUGAGGAGAACAAGGAACUGGCAAAGAGUGCCAGGGAAUACGAGCUCCCUAUCAAGAUCUACGGCACCAUCAAGGUUGACGGUGUUGAACUCAACUAUGUUGAGCGUCGCCCACCACACUUUGACAAGAACAAGAAGUAUCCAGUUCUGUUCCAGCAAUACAGCGGCCCUGGGUCUCAGAGCGUUAACAAACGGUUUACUGUCGACUACCAAUCCUAUGUCGCCGCCGGCUUAGGUUAUGUGUGCGUAACUGUUGAUGGCCGCGGAACGGGUUUCAUUGGACGCAAGAACCGUGUGAUCAUCCGCGGGGACCUUGGAAAGUGGGAAGCCCAUGAUCAGAUCGCUGCUGCCAAGAUCUGGGCGUCGAAGAGCUAUGUUGACGAAGAAAGACUGGCCAUUUGGGGCUGGAGUUUCGGUGGAUUCAACACCCUCAAGACUCUCGAGCAGGAUGGUGGACGGACCUUCAAGUACGGCAUGGCCGUUGCCCCAGUCACCGACUGGAGAUUCUACGACAGCAUCUACACCGAAAGAUACAUGCUUACGCCUCAGACCAACGGGCAUGGUUACGAUAAAAGCGCCAUCAACAACGUCACGGCUCUGAAGCAGAACGUCCGUUUUCUCAUGAUGCACGGUGUUGCGGAUGACAAUGUGCACAUGCAGAACUCCCUGACGCUACUCGACAAGCUAAAUAUGGUUGGCGUUGAGAAUUAUGAUGUUCACGUCUUCCCAGACAGUGACCACGGGAUUUAUUUCCAUAACGCCAACCGGAUUGUUUACGACAAGUUGACCAACUGGCUCAUCAAUGCCUUCAACGGAGAAUGGAUCAAGGUUGCCAAUGCAAAGCCUCAAAAGAAGAGGAGCAUACAGCCUAUUCUUCCAAUUCUAUAGAAAUUUGAGACGGGGUUCAGCAAACACGGCGUUACUGGGCAUUGAUCGGCGUUUUGGUACAUGACUAUUCUUUAACGUUACAAUAUGAGGCAUCAUGAAUAGAAACAGAUUAACUCCUUCCUCUCCACCGCCAAUCUCCUAGUUGGAACUCAAGAUGUCCGAAUCAGUUGCGGAUGGGUCUCGACGCUCUGGUCGAUUUUUUCGAUAACCGCAGCAGUUCCAUACGCGCACACUUGGGCAAACCCGCCCAUGUCACCGGCAUCGAAUCUGAGGGCGAUGACGGCGUUGCCGCCUCUGCUUUGGGUCUCGGCUACGAUGCGGGAGAUGGCGUCGUUUCUGGCCGAGUAGAGCUGUUUCCGUGUCAGUUACCUGGUGUAUUCAGAUGUUGGUGAGGGAAAAAAAUGCCGUACCAGGUUGGUAAACCACUUGAGCUCACCACCCACAACGCUCUUCAGCACCAUCGACAUGCCUGCCGCCCAGUUCCGAGAACGGACAGUAAUGCCGUAAACUGCGCCUAGGACUUUGACGACACGGUAGCCGGGGACGUCGAACAUGGUUGUUGUGAUGACGCCGUUGGUUUCGGUGAAGCAGUGGAGGUCCUGGAUGGAGGCAGGAAUGUCUGCUUGUUGGUUUUGGGGUUUGGUGGAGGAGGACAUCUUGGUGUUAGAGUUUGGCUGGAACUCGAAAUAUGGACUCAGAUUGUUCUAUUGUCUCGGGAUGGUUGAAUGAUAGCUACCUAUAGCAAAGAAACAUG